UCUCUAGACGUAAGUAGCUGUAAGCAAUUUCUAAACGAAUUCGUUCAGGUGAAGGAUCUGAGAGGCUACUUACCGACUGUCUUUGGCAAGUGGCUUCAAGAUGUGAGCUAAUUUUAGAGUUAAGAAAGGUCCCGCAGUGCAAACUAUCAGCACGGUUUGUACACAGAACAUUGAAGAACCUUUUCAACUAUAAUAGCUGUUCUCAGCUUGGAAAUGUUAGAGCCUUAGUGUGGUAAUGUCUACGGAGCGAUCAACCUGCGCGCUAUAAGCCGAACGUAACGAAAAUGAUCAAUAAAUCUGUUAUUGCCUGUAGAAGAGUAUAUGUUUCUACGGGAUUGUGCAUGAUAUCUUGUGUACGUGGCCAUAUAUGCUGAUGGAAUACGACUUAGAGUCAAUCCGGACUUCAUUUUAAGGCUUUAUACUAUAUAUAUGCAGACGUCAAACCAUGGCAUACCACGAUCGCUGCAAGCCCUGCUGCCAUCAAGAGGGUAAAUUAUUGAGACAUACGAGGUGUAUGGCCUGUAGCAUACUCUAUUAGAAGAAACUUUUAUAGUCAAUCCUUUGGCCGUGCACAGCAUUAAAAACGAACAACCGGCCACGUUAAUCCCACUCUCAUUGUCCCCCCUCCUGGCCAGUGUACGAACGGCUGUCGUACUGGCUCCUGCUAUCCUUUAGUUCCAUUGUUCUCCUGUGUGCACCACGACGGAAACACGACGAAACGACAUCGGGCCUAAGCAAUUAGCUCUCGUUAGCGAUGUGGCAGUCAAUCGCUAAUGCCGUCCUCAUGCUAGCGGCGCUCACAGCGGCCGCUCAGGCUGGGUCCUACAGGCGUUUUGUAGACUACAUGAUCCAUGGCAACGACACGGAAGGUUUCUGUGAGCAGUGUGAACCGGUCUUAGAAAUGUUAAAAAAUGAUCCGAAAGGCACGCUCGAGAGUGCAGUUGAUGCUUGUAAAGAGACGCGUUAUUACACACCUCGGAUAUGUGACGAGGAAUACAGAAUGUAUAGCGGUGUGAUAAUCAAAAUUGCGCAACAGUUGGAGCCACCUCUGAAGGACGUAUGUAAGUUCCUGUCAGGCGGUGCGUGUGGUACCCCGGAGAGCGAGCGCUUCAACUGGAGAAUAUCGCUGCAGGCAGUUGAGGACGACGCCCAGUUAUCUGAUAAACACUUCCAUCACCACGAAUCCGAGUGGGGUCAAACUCAUCUCUCGAUGCUCCACGUGACCGAUACACACUUCGAUGAGGACUACGACGUUGGCGCAGAUGCACUAUGCAACGAGCCCAUCUGCUGUACGAAGUACCAGAACCAAACCACUGAUAUAAACAGAUUUGCUCCGCCUUGGGGACAUCCUGGAGGUGGGACGUGUGAUAUUCCGAUUCGUACCGUUGAAAACAUGUUCCAAGAUAUCGACCGAAGCCGCCAUGUAACCUUUGCUAUUUGGACCGGUGAUAUCAGUGCCCACGUCUACCUAGGCAUGACGAAAGAGCGCGCCGUGAAAAACAUUCAGGAAACGACAGCCAUUAUCAAGCGAUACCUGCGUAAAGUCAGGGUUUUUCCUGCCAUCGGAAAUCAUGACGCUUUCCCUGAUAGGUUGUUUCCGCAGCCCGGCGUCGACGCUGGCGAGUUUUCAGUGAAGCCUGUCUACGAAGAAAUGUGGAAUCUCUGGUACGAUUGGCUGCCCGCUGAUCAGGAGAAUGUGUUUAAAUACGGCGGUUACUAUACAGCCAAAGUCCGUCCCCAGCUGCGCAUCAUUUCGCUCAACACUAACUUUUGUUACACGAGUAAUUGGUGGCUGGUUCUUGGUGCCAACGAUCCCGCGCGUCAACUUCAAUGGCUAAUAGCUACCCUGGACGAGGCCAGAUACAACCGCGAACGCGUCUUCAUUAUCGGUCAUAUCCCCCCUGGCUCAAGCACAUGUAACCAAUACUGGGAAGACGCAUAUUUUGACAUCGUUACAAAAUUCCGAAGGACGAUCACCGGCCAGUUCUUUGCACAUAUGCAUACGGACGAGGUCAUUCUCGACUACCAUGAUGCUCAGGACUCUACAAAAGCUACCUCGGUCCUCUAUGUAACGCCGGCUGUUACAACGUCGUGGAGCGGUAUGCCUGAGUACCGUAUUUUCCAAACGGAGAUGGGUGAAGUCGUUGAUGUCGAAACUUAUUUUCUCAACCUAACAACGGCCAAUGCCGGUUACUUCAAGAUUCGUGAAUCGGUUCAUGACAAAGUACGCAAUGAUUUUGCCAGCAUGAGCCCCUUCAGGCGACGCGCCAUGGAGAAGGUUCUUUACGGGGAUCCCCAUUGGGAAUUGGGCUAUUCCGCUCGUAAGUCGUAUGGCCUGAGGAAAUUCGAUGCUGAAAGCUGGGCCAAACUCAUACAACAGUUCGAUAAAGACGAUAACCUCUUGCAGGCAUUCUACAAACAUCAUUUGCAAUUUAGGGAAAGCGUUGUCCGACAGGAACGACCCUGUGACGCUGCUUGCAAAAAUAAACUCGUUAGGUACAUGACCUCUCAGAGGACACUGCGGCAGAGGCUCAAAGCGGCACAGGAGAAUCCUGAAGCGAAGGAGGGGGAUUUGAGCCUCGACUCAGAGGAACGGUAACUCUCCGUCCGAACGGACGCCAGGAAUAUAUUAGCGUAAAAUACCACCCAUGAAUGACUAUUACUAAAGCUCAUGGCCUAAACAUCAGAGUAAAGCGAUUAACCAGCCUCGUGCUAAUUAUUAUAAAUAAAUUCACUAUUAUGUACACUAUUGA